AUGUUCCAGAGCUUCCCACUUGGCGACAAGAGCUCCGUCAACCUCCGAGGAGAAUUUCACACGGAGAACGUCACCACCUUUGACGAAAUCCCGAAGAAACAAAAACAUGAUGAAAUGGAAACUGAUACGACUGGUGCAAAUGAAGCACCUGCAGAAUCGGAGGCUGAGAAACCUGUCGACGACCAAAAGCUUGAUGGGGAUCAGUCGACGGAAGAGGCACCGAAGCCUCCGGAAGUUGUCGUGUCAGACAAUAAGGACGCAGAGAAGGAGAAAAGUAUUGAUCUGGACGCUCUGUAUCCGAUAUUCUGGGGGUUGCAAGCAUAUUUCUCCUCACCAACGAAGCUCUUCGACUCUCAGCAUUUUGCGUCAUUCAAGAGCGGUCUCGAAGCGACCCUGUCGACUUUUAAGCUCAUCAAUACUGAUCUUGACACUCGAAGCGCUGCGAAGACUCCAGAUGAGGUUCGCAGAGGGGUGAAACGCAAGCGAACUGGCGAUGGUGCCGAAAUUUCAAGCACCUUCAACCCUAAGUACUUGACUAGCCGGGAGCUGUUUGAUCUAGAGGUUAACGAUAUUGCCUUCAGACGCCAUGUUCUAGUACAGGCGUUGAUACUCUUGGACUUUAUCCUCUCUCUUACACCCAAGGCCAGGUCGAGGUUACCGAAGACAAUAAACAGAGCUGUAGUUUACAAUUACGUUGCGAGCGAGGAGGAUGCCAAAUGGGCAGCACAAACCAGGGAUGCAAUUGCAGAAUACCUUCAACAAGGCCUCGAGGGCAAGUUUUACUACCGCAUGGUUGAUACCGUUCUCUCGAGAGACAAAAACUGGGUUCGCUGGAAGGUCGAGAAUUGUCCACCCAUCGAACGGCCAGCGGUUUCGUUGGAAGACUAUCUCGAUGCACGGGAAAACGCCACUAAAGUCUUUUCCAGCAAACGUCUCCGGCCUUCCCCAAUGGGUUCUCUCGAUCUGAAAUUCCUCUCUGACGCGGAAAAUGGUGCCAGUCUCGAACGCUUGAAGGAUCCGGAUCGAUUUAGAACGCCUGCUCCUGACUCAUACAUGAUGGGUAUUGUUGAUGAUGAUUUCGAUAUCGACAUGGCCAAGACGAAGGAAGAAAAGGACGAUGCGAUGAGGGCGAAGGCUAGUAAGGUGUGGCGAACAUUACGGCUUACAGCUAAAAGCAAGCUCGGUCUCUUCGAUAAGAUUGAGGAUGGCAAUAAUCUCAAGGUGCUGUUUGAGAGCCCCCAGCCACCCGAAGAGGCUAAGAAAGCAUCAACGGAUGCGGACAAAACCCCCCAGAAUACGGAAAACCCCGACGAGAAAGAUCGUCCGGCGGACUCUCAGAAAGAGACCAAUGAUGCAACUCCACGGGAGGCAGAACAGCCACCUACCGAAGCCACUGCCUCAUAG